AUGGAUAGCUUCACCAACACUCGUAGGGGACAAUCCAAUGCCGCCCAUGCUACUUCCAGCACCCACAACAGAUAUAUCGAGGUCCGCCAAUCGGAACCCAAGCACGGCAACGAGCACUGCCCGGAACUUUCUACCCCUACCAAAACAUUAUCGUCCUCUGGCUCCUGCUUCGGCAAGCGCAUGACGCUUUCACGACUUUUGCUGUGCGGUACAGUCAUAUACUUUAUCGACUUUGGCAUGUUCCUCUACAGCGGCCUUACCGGUUCGACCGCCAUCACAACAACCACCAAGUUCGUCGCCGUACUCGUCGCUGUCGCCAUGGUGAUAGCGAUUCCCAUGUACGAGACCUCCGAGGAAGAACACGACGAGGAGCGCGCCUUUACCGGAUACCCGGAUUUGUUCUCCGACCUUACCGGCAGGCCAGUCGAGAGGCCGGCGAUUCAGAUCGAGGAAUGCAAAGACGACACAGGCAGGCCUCACUUCAUCUCAGUCGGCAGCGACAGGCGCAAGGAGAUGCCUCCCGUCAUCACCAUCAAGCCUGCAGACGUUUCAGGAGACGACCAUGACUCGACCGCUUCGGCCUCCGACUACGGCUCUCCAGCCUUUGGUGACUCGUCCGCGUCGGACUGCUCGUCACCCACCAUCUCUCCCUGGUCAGACUACUUUCCGGAAUUACGCGAUGGAGAUUUCACACAAGAGAGGCUUCUCUCAGCCGGCCGUCGCUCAUGA